AUGCCUCAUGAAACAGAGACCCAGAUACAUAUCUUUGAGUGUUACAAAAGUAUACCAGCUUACAAAGAAAUCGAAACUAAACUCAAGAAAAGCUUAUUGAAGCUUUCGAACAAAAGCAGUCCAAAAAAGAAAUCAAAUGAUAUGAAUGACCAAAUACAAAAACUUAGCCUCGGAAGAAGGUUAGGACUGGAUAAAGUCGCGAGUGGAAUGACAGGAAUAGAUUUCUACCUAUCAGCAAAAAGUCAAGCCAAAUUUGCAAACAAAGUUCUAGCAUUACUCUAUAUACUAAUCUGGAUAUCAAGAUCGGCAACAGCCAACAUCUCGAUAGCUUCAGGAAUUAAAUGA